AUGGGCAAGGGCUCGCACGAUCCGCAAGCAAACGAACCGGCCAAGCUAGCCGCGCGGACGCUGACGAUGAAGCGCAGCGCGUCGCGCGAUUUAUUGGGGGACGCCCUGGACUGCGCCGCCUCAUGCAUCGACGCCGCGGCGCUGGACGCGUACCGUUUAGAUUAUGCCUCGUCCGCGCUCGGCGUCCCGUUAUCCGGACACUUCUUUACACUGCGUUUGCGUUUCGUUCGCACUCCCGCCGAGCUCUCGAGGCGUCGCCGGCGUGCCACGGGGCACGGAGAGCCACGGAGACGCCAAAUCUCUGCAAAAUCACACACCCGUGCCACGCCGCCAGCAAACCGCCAAAAAAAAAAACGCAGGUAUCGAUUGGGAGCGAUGCGCGGCGCGAAGGGCGAGCAGCCGUCGGCCAACGACGACAAGGCCGCCAUGAUUCAAAGAGAAUAUGAGCUCACCGAGGCCCUCAAGAAGAAGACGGAGGAAUUACAUGCGGCCCAGCGCCAAGUGGAAGAAUUGACGAGGGCUACGAGAGAUCUUGAUGCCGUGCGGGCGUCCUUCGCCACGGCCGAUGCGGCUCUCGAUCGCAUCCAAUUGACGGCGAGGAAUAACCUCCGGGAGCGCAUGGAGUCGCGUCGCACGAAGCGCGUCGCUCGCGUCGAGAAGGCCACCUCACAAGUAGCGAAGAACAGCGCCGCCGGACCCAUCGAAGGCUCCUCAUACAGUUUCACGACGGGCGCGCCCGUCACGACGGAAGUGCUCGUCGCGAGAGGCGUCGUCGCGGCGCCGGAGCAGGCCGCCUUCGAGAUCGUGCCGAUGGCCUCGGCGUCGAGCCCCUUAUUCGUCUUCACGGACGAGACCGUCAACAGCCUGUACGGCGACCGCUUCAUUAGUGGAUUUGAGCGCAUGGGCUUUGUUGUCCAUAGGAUCGUGAUCCCCGACGGCGAGGACGCGAAGACGCUGGAGGUCUACGCUGAAUUAGCCGAUCGCGUCUUGACCGUGGGCAUUGAUAAACUCUCAAUCUUGAUCUCGCUGGGAGGUGGGGCCGUCGCGAACGUGUGCGGCUUCAUCGCGUCGACGUUGCAUAGGGGUAUUGGCCUCAUCCACUUCCCGACUACCUUACUCGCCCAGUGCGACGCCGCCAUCAGCCAUAAACAAGCAGUCAACGCGCCGCACGGCAAGAAUUUGGUCGGGAGUUACUAUGCUCCGAUCCGCAUCGUCGUCGACCCUGAUGUCUUGCAAACUCUAGAUGACUGGUUGCUGCCGGACGGCAUGGGCGAGAUCGUCAAACACGCUCUCUGUCAGGAUGCGACUCUGCUGAAGAUGCUGGACGAGUACGACGGUCCACUGACGGAUCCCGCCUUCUUGGAGCGGGUUGUUCGUCGAACGAUCGAGUUGAAGUGUCAGGUUAUUGAUAUUGAUCCCAAGGAGAAGCGCGAGGCGGUGGUGCUCGUGUAUGGGCAUACGCUCGGCCAUCCCAUCGAGGCGAUUUCGCAUCGACCGGGGAGUCUCUGUUGCUUGUCGCACGGGCAAGCGGUCGCGAUUGGCUGCGUCGUCGCGGCGCGCGUCGCCGUGAAGAUGGGUCUGUGUGAUCAUGCUGUGAUACAAAGAACCGUGGACCUAUGCAAGAAGUACGAGCUGCCUACGGUGGUUCCUGCGGAUCAGUCCGUCGAUAGAAUUAUGGCGAAACUACCGUACAACAAGACGUGGACGCAAGAAGGUACCGUGAUGGCUCUACUGGAGGACAUUGGCCGGUUAUUUAAUGUCGACCAGUCGUAUCUGCUACCCGUGUCGGAGUCCGUUAUUAGAGAAGCUGUCACGGAGACGAUGGCGCCCCCGGGCACCGUGAUCAGAGGUGCCGGUAGUUCGGGCUUCUUACGCAGAAACAAGGUCUCGGCGAACGACAUCCUCGAGGCGGCGGACAAGCCUAUUCCUGGCUCUGGUUGGGACAAGAAUAGCGCCGUGCCGCACGCCUGUUAA